AUGGGCCAAGUAACUCAGCUUCUGCGGAUGAAUGGAGGCAAUGCAGAAACUAGUUAUUCUUCUAAUUCAUCAGCUCAGAAGAAAGCUAUGAAGAGCGUAUGCGUUGCAGAUUUAGGCUGCUCUUCUGGACCCAAUACACUCCUGGUUGUUUCUCAUCUGUUGGACACUAUUAACAAGAAGUGUCAUGAGCAUCACAUGACUACACCUGAGAUCCUCGUAUUUCUUAAUGAUCUACCUGGGAAUGACUUCAACACCCUUUUCAAGAACUUGGGAAGUUUUAAUGACGAUAUUAGAAAAACCAAAGGAAAUGAUCUAGGAUCAUGUUUUGUUUCUGGAAUGCCUGGUACAUUUUAUGGUAGACUUUUUCCUGGUGGCACUCUUCACUUUGUCCAUUCUUCCUACAGUCUCCACUGGUUAUCUAAGGUUCCACAAGGGAUUGAGAAGAGCAACAACGGGAAUUUAUAUAUUUCAAAAUCAAGUCCAGCAUCUGUUAUUGAAGCGUACUUGAAGCAGUUCAAGAAAGAUUUUAGGGUUUUUCUAAAGUGCCGUUCUGAGGAAUUAGUUGACGGAGGAAGAAUGGUGUUGACAUUCAUAGGCCGGAGAAGUUCGGAUCCUACCAGCAAAGAGUGUUGCUGUCUGUGGGAACUAUUAGCCACGGCACUUAAGGACAUGGUUAUAAAGGGAACUGUUCAAGAAGAGAAACUAGAUUCAUUUAACUUUCCAAAUUACUAUCCAUCCCCUGAAGAGGUACAGUCUGUAAUUCAGGAUGAUGGUUCAUUCAUGGUUAAUCAACUACAGACAUUCAACGUGAAUUGGGAUGGUAGUGAUUCUAGCGAAAAUGGAAGUUCGGGGACAGACAAGUUCAGAAGUAGCUAUGUCAUAGCUAUGUGCAUCAGAGCCGUGUCAGAAUCCUUACUGGUAGGUCAUUUCGGGGAAGAGAUAAUUGAAGAAUUGUUCCAAAGGUACAGGGAGAUAGUUGCAAACUACGCAACCAAAGAGAAAACUGAGCAUACUAACCUAGUUAUCUCCCUGACAAAGGGUGGAUAA